AUGAGGAAGUGGUCUCCAGUGAGUAUAGAUCAGGAGAGUGGGCAGGUGAGUGUGGCAGGAGAGCUACAGCUGGAUGCCUCACCUAUACGUCUCCUGGUGGGCGCCGUCGACGGGGGGUCACCACAACGAUACACCCUGGCUAACUUCACCGUCUACGUCAGGAACAUGUCAGAGCCACUUGGUGUAGAGGUAAGCAACACUAGUGAGUCUACCCUCAACGUGUGCUGGUCACCACCUGCCCAUUGGCUGCCUCAGGGCUACGUCCUCUCCUACACGCCUGUCGAGGGCCAGAGGAGUUAUGCCAAGGGCCUUCUCAACCUCACAACAGCACAGCUACACUCUAAGCUGUCUCCUAGUAGUGGCGGCGGCAGUGAAGCGGAGGGUGAGGCUCCAGGUAAUGUGGUGGAGAUCUACCGCUACUGCGCCACAGUGGGCGGCCUGGUCAGGUGGACGGAGUACCUAGUGGGGGUGCGGGCGUGGGUGGGCGACCAGGUCUCCAUGGCCGCCACCCCCAUCCUUGCCACCACCAGAAGUGACUACUGUGCAGAGGGUGUGUGUGGAAAGAGCAAUUGUACCCUACAGAAGUAUGCCCCUGGGUACUCCUGUGUCUGUCACCCAGGAUAUUACGGACAAAACUGUCAGUACCACAAUCCGUGUGUUCCCGUCAACCCCUGCAAGCACUUUGGCAAGUGUCAGAAUGCUUCUGAUGGGUCAUACACAUGUGACUGUCUACGAGGAUUUUAUGGCCCUAACUGCUAUGAGAUUGAUCCCUGCACUGCUAUCUCUUCCAAUCCCUGCAGUAAUGGAGGAACUUGCAUCAGAAGGUCCCAGGUCUCUCAAUAUCAUGUCCGCUUAGAAAGUGGGAAGUACACAUGCCUCUGUCCAGAGGGAUAUUUUGGUGGAACCUGUGAAUAUCAGGACCCUUGCUUCUCCAGUCCUUGUCAACAUGGUGGCUCUUGUAUCAAUCUGACUGACACAGAUUUUGUCUGCCAGUGCACUCUAGGAUAUAGAGGCAAACUUUGUCAUGCAGAAAUUGAUGAGUGUUUUCCCAACCCAUGUAUAAGAGGACAAUGCACAGACCUCAUGAAUGACUUUCAGUGCAAAUGUCCAAAGGGCUGGGGUGGCAAGAUAUGCGACAAAGAUUUGGGUAAGUGUACACACUGACUUUCUUAAAGUUUA